AUGGGUUCAACAUAUACCGAGUGGAACCAAAAAGCCACUCUCUGGCUCCAAACAAAAGUGGGUCGGAGAGCACGGAUCGGUCUGCUUGCGGCUACGGUAGUGGGAUAUCCAAUUGGAUCAAUUCUAAUCAAUGGACCGUUUGUCAAUUUGACUUUCCCACGAAGAUAUUCAGUUGAAUCUCUACCAGAUCGUCUCGUUCCCCUUGCCGAUGAAGAAUACGGAAGAUUUUUAGAACGAGAAUCAAGAAUUCCGAAAGAUGCUGUUGUUUCAGUCCAAAUUCAACGAAAUCUUUUGGAUUCUGAUGAAACUGUUGCUUCUGGUUCCCUUGGUGUCAGAACGGGACUCAAAUUGGCAGUACCAAUGUACUCCAAAUUCAAAAAUGGAAAUGAAGCAUUCGAUUAUUUUAAAAAUCAGUAUCCCGAAGGCGUAGAUUUUAUGGGAGAGCGUGUUCCAAUACAAUGGGGUUCAGAAAUUGCCGAGGAAUUUGCUGAUUGCUAUACUCUUUCUGAUAACAGUUCACGACUACUCAGUGGUUCAGCUGCUUCAUUCGCCAUUGCUUAUCCAUUAUUUUUAGGUGCCGCGUGGUAUGCCAACAAGCAGUGGCAUAUGCUGUAUAGAUAUCUGACCGAUAUUCAUGCGGACGCAGAAGCGGCUCGGGCAUCAUUUCAACAUGCAGAGGGUGGAAAAGAGUAUUAUUGGAAGAUGUUGAAACGGAAUCGGAUUAUGAGAGAUAUCAAUCCAUCAUUGUGGACUCAUGUGACUGCUACUGGAGAUAUCAGAGGAAUUGCAACUCCUAUUAUCACGAGAUAUGACCAUCUGAAAGAUGUAAACGAAGAAGACGACGAGUUGAAAGGUGUUGUUGGGAUGGAUGAUUAA